AUGUCUCAUCAUCGGCCAAAACCUCCUCUUUGCAUCUCCAGCAUCGGCAUAACUAUCCAUGACCCGAAAAGAAGGGUCGAAUUUGCCGAGUUAAAAAUUGGUGGUCAUACGCGAGGCUUUCACAGUUCAGUCGCGGGAUUGACGCUCAGUGCAACUUUUGAUCCUGUCGUGGAGGUGAUUGUCGACCAAUUUUCUCUGUCUGUGCACUGUCGGCACAAUAUCAUGGGUCUGAUCUCGCAGAAGAAGCUGGUGGAUUUAUCAUUCACUAGAGACAAGAUUCUACAUAGAUCAGUUAACAGAGAUGGCAAACGAGAAUUUCACGAGACCCAAGGGAAGAUGACCAUCGUUAUCGAAAUAUGGCAGUUGCGGUCAACUGUCGACGCUAUCGUGCGGGCUUGUCCCAGGUUCCGACUGUUGGUGUUAGGGCAGUUUAUCUCCAAACACAUGCGAGGCGACGUGGAUAUUAACAAGCAGCUCUUUACCACGGACAAUUCAAAAUUUGUCCUUCACGAUGGCGGUGGCUUUGAAAGUGGCGACGGCAACAGUGUCUCAAUCGUGAAAGACUUCAUCGCUCGCCGACUUGAGAUGCCUGACUUGGAGGAUAAAUUACAUGCUAUCUGGCUUUGCAUCCCGAUACCUCGUAUCAAGGAAUGCUUGCUUGAGAGUGGUGUACAGGACUUUUUGAGAUCAAGAAAGCAAGUACUCGGCCGUGACAUUCCGAUUGUUGUCGUUCUUACCCAAUUCGACUUGUAUGAUGCGCAACACAAUGCUAUGGAAGCUGGCCAAAUAUUGGAAGAUACGAAAAAAACACUCCGCCAGUCGUGUGUUGAACCACUUGAAGCUGCAGUCGAUAGUGAGAUACCGCAUGUCGUUGUUUUUGCAGAGGACGCGAUAGAAGACACCGUACAACAGCUAGUCGAUGUCACAACCACCAAUGUUGACAAAUACGUCGCAGGGGAAGCGGCACUGGUUGCAAUGAUGGCUCAGCAAGUGGACAUCGGUCUUAAGAUCAAGGCGUCAAUUGUCAUUGGCAAGAAACGGCAUUGGAAAUGUCUUGCAGCGGGUACAAAUUUCACGGGUUACACAAUGUGGGAAUGUCUGUCUGCGAUCCAUGCGGAUAUCAUCGACAUUUGGAACUUCGACGACCCCCAUCAGGAUCUGCUCGGUCCCGAGUUCAAACAACUACUUCUACGAGGUCUGGACAAUGUCAACCAGCUUCCAGAUACGACAAAUGCGUCUGAUCUUGAUUUCGGACUUGCUGUAGUCUCCGCAAUAGUGGAUAUCCUUACGCCACAUGACUUCGCACCUAGCGUGUCCGCCACUACGGGUGUUGUCACGCCUGCGUGGGCUCAUGAGAUCUACCGGCCGACCAACAUGACUUUGUCGCGGAUCAUGACAUAUAUUGUGGACUUGACAUGCACAAUGCAGAUUUUGUUCCUACUUGCGCCCAAAUGGUCCAUCUCUUGUCCUGUCAUCAAGCUUGCCAUGAUGGCCUAUGAUGCGGCGAGCAAAAACCAUGUCCACGCAGCGAUUCAAUCCAGCGUGCCCUCAGUAGUUUCUGAUGCACGUCUCGAGAGGGACCACGCGUUAAAUAGGAUUAUCGAGGUGAUCGAGCAGUAUUCCAUCAAAGCUAGUAAGGCUCAGGACCUGAGGGCCAAAAUCAUCGAUGUGCAGCGUCGACUGGAUGAUGAGUGGGUUUGGGUCUGA